GGUGCUAAAUUUUAAGUUGCACACCGUCAUAAUGGGAGAAAAACCACCACGACCAUACAACGGAGUCGAAGUCCGAGUUCUGAGCACCUAAAGCAGCCGCACGGUAAGAGACCUUUUUAAAAAAGCAUUAAAUACUCAUGUAACAUACAGCAAAAAUGAAGCCUAAAGAACAUGGGGAAGUAUGUACAGACAGAAAGGAAAAGCAAGGGGACUACGGAGGCGGUGCAUGUUGAUGUUCACACAAAAAAAUACGUAAUAAGCAAUGAAAGAAAUCUGCCCAGCUGUAAAACUUACAACGGCUUUUUAAAGAAUAAAAACAUUUUCCCCCUGUAUGUCCACCUCUGACACCCUGGUUACAUUCCUCCUGAGGCUGGAGAGUCUGGCAACACAGUCCAAGAGAGUCGCCUGGAAUGUGGGUGUGGAACAAUCUCUCCUCCACCAUCCACUGUUAUGUCAGCCUUGGGGGAUUACUAGCCCUGGAUGUUCCCUGAAGAUAACUGAAAACAAACCGGGUAAAGAAGAAAUCCAUUCUGCACAUUCACGGCUGGGAACACACCGACACCGCCCCCCCUCCUGUUUUCCAUAAAGGCGAUCUUCAGUUGUCCCAGAACUCCGCUGGUAACAGCCCAUCACACCUGUCACACUCCUGUCUCACAACCUACCCGCUCCAAGCUGUACCGCAGGCCGCACGUCUCUUAAGAAAACUCUACAACGCACCUUCUGUUUAAGUUCCUAAUGCACUACCCCCCGUUCCUCAAGUAUCUCUGUUACGGUGAAAAUGGCGGUGACCUGUAUCCCCUAAAUGUGCGGAAACCGAGGUGCAUCCUUUAAAAACUGCACCUGUCGCCAGGAGAGACAGUGCUCACCGGCCCUUCCCCAGGACACGCGACUUUGCACCCGGAGGCCUGGCGCCAGCAAUAAGGGCCUUCAGCGUCUGCCCUCGACGGCCUUCUCUCGAGCCCACCCGUCUAGCCGCUCCUCGAAUGCACCCUACCUGCAGUUUCCAGCACGCGCUACGGUGCUCCUCCGCGGCGAGCCUGUGCCCGCUCGCGCGCUCCUCACCCAACACGUCCCAGACCCCGCGGUAAGCAUCACCCGCUCCGGGAAGCCUCGGGUCAAGCCGGGCACGGGUUCUUACUCAACGCCUGUUCCCCGAGAGCCCAAACCCCCGGAGAGUAGGAACCCAGUCUUCCUCAUCCCGCGUCCGCUGCUCAGCGCACACGGUCCGGGCCAGGGCAGAUGCCCCCGGGCCAUGCCUGCGGCCGGAGCGUCGGGGCGACGACACCGCCUUCACAAGGUCAGGGGCCGAGGCCGCCGGAGCUCCGCCUCCCGCCGCGCGUCCAGGGGAACCCGCGUCUCCGAGAGACGUCUGCAUCCGGAGCCCCCCGUCCCGCCGCUCCCCUGCUCCGCGGCCCGGGCGCUGGGGGCGGGCACAGGCGUGCUGGGCCACAGGGGACACACGCCCGGCGCCCAGGGUCGAGGCCCCGGGGCAACUCUCUCAAGACCGGACCGACGGAGAGGGAAGGAAGAAAGCAGCAAGGCAGCGUGCUCGGGUCGGAGCGAGGAAACACCCGGACGGGAAAGGGAAGAUCGGGAGGACCGGGAGAGCUCCGGGCCCCGUGACCCGAGGCACAUAAAGGGAGGCGGCGGCGGCGAGCGCGAGGGGCAACACGGCGGGUCGCCCUCCGCCGGGGCCGCGGGCGCGCUGUCCGGAGGCCAAGGGCUCGGCGGCUGCGGCGGGUUCGGCCCGGGACCUCUCGGCCCCCUCACUGCGCGGCCUAAAGCCGCGGCCUCGCGUCCAGCGCCGCCCGGGCAGGCGCUCCCGCCCCGGCUUCCCGCCAGGCCGCCCGUCCGGACGCCGCCGGGGGAGCCACUUACCCGGCCCGCCCGGCCGACUCUCCCCAUGGGCCGCGGCGGCGCACCGGGGCCGAGGCGCCGCGGACAGGGCGGGCUGGGCGCACUCGGCGUAAGCCCGCGACCGCAAGACCCGAACCGGCGCCAACCCCUACGCCGAGUCCGCAGGGCGCGCGGCGGCGCGGCGUCACGGAGCGCGUGCGGCAGGGAGAGAGGCGCGCCUGCGCCUGCGCCGCGGGCCGCUCCGCCGCGCGCCCCCUGCCGGCCGGAGGACCGCAGUGCACCUCCCCUCCGCCGGCUUCCUUCUCUCCCGCCGUAAGGGGGCGCAGCGGUUCCAGUUUGUGAAAUUUCAGCCUGGGGAGAGCCGGGCAGUGAGCCCCGAUGAGAGUCAACUGUGGCAUCCAAAGACUUGUCCAAAGACAUUGCUGUUUCUAGGAGCCUAUGGUCAACCAGGUAGCAUUUCAGCCUAGCAGAAGGAAAAUCAGGACCAUGAAGCUACCAUAUGAAUAAGAAAGCCUGUGUGAUGUCUUAGUCUGUCCUCCCGUCAGAAGAGGAAGGGAGCCCUCCAGGAUCUCUUUCGUAAGAACAUCAAGCCAAGAACAUCACAGGGGCUCGCACUCUCAAGGACCUCCUCACAUCCCAGAGGGCCCGCCUCCUAAUAACGUCACUGAGAAUAGGAUUCAACAUGUGAAUCUCGAGAGGACACAAGCAUUCCGUCUAUAGCACCUGGUCUUUUCCAGGCUAUGUUAGAAGGAGCAAACCCUGUAGAAACCAUUUGGAUAUCACUGAAAUCCCAUUGAGUGCCCGGAGUGACAACUGAGCCAGCCCGAGAGCCCAUAAUGAGAGGGACCCGCCGCUGGAAGCGAUGUGAGGAAGCACAUCUUCCCAUCCCACAGCCUACAAAACCGGCACCAACAAGGAACCCAAGAGAGGCAGGUUCUACAAGGAAAUCGAUUGUUAACCGACUAUGGUUUACCAACUCUUCCGGUUGUUUGACGAGUACUAAAUCCGUGAUCCGGAAUCCGGCUCACUAUUUGCUUCUACAACUGGCAUUCUACGUACUCCCCUUCCCCUCAAUCCUCAUGUGACAUGGUGGAGAAUUACAUCUAUCAGGUAAUCCCCAUAAAGAUGGUUUGAGAAAGAAGCCAUGAGAGUGUCUCAGCCCAAGCUGCUGUAACAAAAUAUCACAGACGUUGCUUUUUUGGUCACAAUUCCAGAGCUGCAAGUCUGAGUUCUAAGUGCUAGCAGAUCUGGUUGCUGGUGAAAGGGCUCGCUUGGUCGGGGGUAGGCGGCUGCCACCUUGCUGUAUGACGGAGAGAGAGCUCUGAACCCUUUCUCUUCACAUAAGCAUACUCCUCCCAUCGUGGGUGCCCCUGCCUCCUGACCUCAUCUAAACCUGACUGCCUCCCAAACACCCUACUUCCUAAUAGCAACACACGGGCAGAUAAGGCUUCAACACCUGCAUCUGGGGACACACCAACGCGUCGUCUCUAACAUAGUGAGCAAAGAACCACACUUCCCAGGGGCUCAGAAAACUUCUGGAAGCUGCCUUUUCCGGGAGUGAGGAAGAAGGAGGAAGCCUGGGCUGGCUCAGCUGCUGUCCGUGUCCUCGAGUGUGGUGUGGGGCGGGUGUGGGGGCUGAAGUCCCAUGGAGGUUUCCAGUCGGGAGACAGAGCUAAGAGUAACCCGGUGGUGAGAGAGGACAAGAUUGUAGCCUGUUCGCUCACAGGAACCACAGAGGGCAUGGGGAGCGGCGUCCAUACUAGAGUCUGAGAAACAGAAUCGCCGAGUAGAAUACAGCAGCCGUACGCCCUUCAAAGAAAGAUAUACUAACGAUCUACUUUUUUUUUUUUCCAGGUUGAAGUUUCUAGAGGCAGGUCCACUACCCUUCUGUUACCUCACAUGUAAACCAGGCAGGGGAAGCGGGGGGACUGGCUUUUACUUCGGUAACACUUUGACAAAUCUGUGAGGUUGUAUACAGUAGGCCCCGAACAGCGUAGCGGGGAGGGGUGCCAACCCCACCCUCACCCCGCACAAGUCGGAAAUCCACAUGUCACUUCGGACUCCCAGAAAACUUAACUUCAAAUAGCCUCCUAGUGACUGGAAGCCUUACGGGUCACAUAACCAGUCAAUUAACACUCACCUUGUAUGUUGUAUGUAGUAGAGAUUGUGUUCGUUCUCCCAGUAAAGCAAGCUAGAGAAAACAAAACAUUAUUAAGAAAAUCAUAAAAGGGACGCCUGGCUGGCUCAGUCAGUAGAGCAAGCGACUCUUAAUCUCGGGGACGUGAGUUCGAGCUCCGUGUCGGGUGCAGAGAUCACU